UUUCUCUCUUUCUCUUUCUCUUUUUCUCUUUCUUCACCUCAACCAACCUCAAAACAGCCACAAAAUGUCUACCACUGAGCAGACCUACAUCAUGAUCAAGCCUGACGGCGUCCAGCGAGGCCUCGUCGGCGAGAUUAUCGGCCGAUUCGAGAAGCGAGGUUUCAAGCUCGUUGCUCUCAAGCUCCACACUCCUUCCAAGGAACACCUCGAGAAGCACUACUCUGACCUCUCCGAGAAGCCCUUCUUCCCUCGUCUCAUUGAGUACAUGAUGUCCGGCCCUGUUGUCUGCAUGGUCUGGGAAGGUCUUGACGCCGUCAAGACUGGUCGAGUCAUGCUCGGUGCUACCAACCCUCUUGCCUCUGCUCCUGGCACCAUCAGGGGUGACUACGCUCUCCAGGUCGGCAUGAACGUCUGCCACGGUUCCGACUCUGUUGAGAACGGUCAGAAGGAGAUCGCCCUCUGGUUCCCUGAGGGUAUCAACCAGUACAAGCUCUCUUCUCAGGCUUGGCUCUACGAGGCUUAAGCGAUCUUCAUCGUUUGAGAUUCUCGCCGCCUUUGAUGCAGACUUCGUAUCAAUUACUAUCUGGUCUAUUUAUCCAUUACUAACAUUUGUCGCACUGUUACAGUCAAAUACUAAGUGGUUCCGUGUGUCCUUCAUCAUUUACAACUACAUUUUACAGUAUAUGUGAUACAAAA